UGUCAAGAACGCAGCUACGCUUCGCCGUUGCUGCCCUAGUCGUCGCGCUCACCAUAUCGCUACUCCGCCUUCUCCCCCGCGCCAGCCUCCCGCUCAGUCGUGCCCCCUUCGCAGCCCGUAACCUGUCCACCACAGCACCCGCAGCCAUGCCCGCCCGCCCCAUCACCGUCGACGUGACGGCCGACCCGCUCUGCCCGUUCUGCUACCUCGGCACGACGCAGCUCAAGCACGCGGUCGUCAAGUACAACAAGGAGCACGACGCGCAGAUCGACCUCCAGUGGAAGUUCCACCCGUACGCGCUCAACCCGUCGCUGCCCGAGACGCCCGAGACGCGCCAAGGGUACAUGACGCGCAAGUUUGGCAGCACGUCGGGCUCGACCGACUCGCUGGCCAAGAGCUAUGCCGCGGCGGGGCUCAAGCGCGCCGACCCCGCCCACUCGUACAUCUCGUCGAGCUUCACGGCCCAGCGCCUGCUCGCGUACGCGCAGCACCACUGGGCGUCGCUGCCGCGCCACGAGGCCAGCACCAAGAUCGUCCAGCUCAACAGCGACAUCGGGUACAUGAUCCACACCGAGGGCCACCACGCGAGCGACCGCGCGCACCUCGCCAAGAUCGCGCACAAGGACGGCGUGUUCCCGUCCGAGGCCGAGGCCAAGACUUGGCUCGAGGGCUCCGAGCUCUCCGACGAGGUCAACAAGGGCUAUGCGGCCGCCUCGCGCCAGGGGAUCCGCGGCGUGCCCUUCUUCGUCUUUGACCACAAGUUUGCUGGCAGCGGCGCUGUCGGCGAGGAGGGCUUCGAGGAGAUGCUCGAGGAGGUCGUGGGUGCCGAGUCGUAGGGCGUGAGCCUACUCUUUCGCUUCUUCUCCUUGCCACCCUUGCCCUUAGUCUUCUUGUUUCUGUAUCCAGUCCAAUGCCU